AUGGAGGAGGAAACAGCCACUUUGCGGAUACUUGAGGCGAAAAUCUACGUGGCAGUUGGGAGAAACGUAUGGAAGAACACAUCAAAUCUCAUAUGGGCAUUACAAAACUUCAAAGGAAACAAAAUCUGCAUCGUUCAUAUCCACCAGCCAUCUCCAACGAUUCCUGUCUUGGGUACCAAAUUCGAAGCUUCCACGGCAGAUGAGGAAUUAGUGAGAGCAUACAGAGGAAAAGAAACGACCAAAACAGAAAAGAUUCUACAAGAGUACCUUAGUAUAUGCCUCAAGAUAGGGGUCCAGGCAGAGAAACUGUGUUUUGAAAUGGACUCGAUUGAGAAAGGGAUUGUGGAAAUGAUAUAUCAGCAUAGGAUCAGGAAGUUUGUUAUGGGAGCAGCUGCAGAUAAACACUAUUCCAUGAACAUGGAAGAUCUCAAGUCCAAGAAAGCAAACUUUGUGUGCCAACAAGCGCCUGCUACUUGUCAAAUUCACUUCACCUGCAAAGGAAACCUUAUUCAUACAAGGGAAGCUAGAAUGGAUGAAGUUCGAGCCCUCUCUACGCUCUUGUCUGAGUUUCAGCGCCUUGUGUUGCCACAAAUAAGCACCAAUCCACUUGAAGAGGUAGCAAGUUUGAAUGCACAAAAGGAAGGAGAAUCCAGCAUAUCUGAAGUCUCACUAAGCCAAGUUCAAGAGGAACCGAAUGACUCAUCUUCUCAAGCUUUCCCGUGCAGCGGAAUGGGACUGAACAUGAUAAACUUCCUCAUCAACUCCACCAAGCUAUGGCAGAAGCUCGCAAUCCAAGACCAUGAGCAUUGUGAGUGA